AUGAGAGCAAAGGAUUAUUUAAAAAAGCAAUAUGACAAGACACGAAAUACUCUUUACUGGGAACGAUACAAAAAUGCUCGUAAUGAGCUUGACCAACUCAAGGCCGCCCUCUCAAGACUCGAGUCGAAGCUUACGACACGUUUGGAUGACUUAACUCAAGCUGUUAGAAUAAAAGGAAGUUGCGCCCACCAUUACAAAUAUGGAAUGAGACAUGAUGGUGUUUACAUUAUUGAUCCUGAUGGCCUAGGAUCGUUCAACGUUCGAUGUGAUAUGACAACAAAUGGAGGUGGUUGGAAUGUGAUUCAAAGAAGACAAGAUGGAAGUCAAGAUUUCUACCUUGGAUGGUCAGAAUAUAAAGCAGGCUUUGGUGAUCUUAACGGAGAGUUCUGGUUGGGACUUGAUAAAAUACAUCGUUUGUCUAAAUCUGGCCAAAAUGUUCUAAGAAUUGACUUGAUGGAUUUUAAUGGCGCUGAACGUUACGCAAAAUACGGAACGUUUAAUGUAGCGGAUGAAAGCGAUAAAUACAGAUUGGGCAUUGGCAGAUAUUCAGGUGACGCAGGUGAUUCUCUUGCUUAUCACAAUCAAAUGAAGUUCACUACCAAAGAUAGUGACAAUGAUGCUUGGGGUAGUGAUUGUGCUCAUGAAAACAAAGGAGCUUGGUGGUACAAAAGCUGUGAUUAUUCCAACCUCAAUGGCCUGUACCUGAGUGCGGGUCAGAGUAGUGGCACAGGAAUUGUUUGGUGGAAGUGGCAAAGGAAUUAUUCUUUGAAAAAGACGCAGAUGAAGAUUCGCAUAAACCAGUUUUAAGAUACUCCUGAUAAUAGAAUCAUCGAGAAACUUGAUUAACUUCUUGCUUUGAUGAUCAAAAUAAAACGAUAUGUAACUAUGGUUGAUUGUAAGUGACAUGGGCCUAAA